GUCGUUUAUUUAAAUGUUCUUCACAUCUAUUUCGCUACCUCGCUAACUCUGUUCCUUUCCUCGGGCCUAAAGAAAAAGUGGAAAUAUAAUGCGCCCUAGGAUUCUACAACCCCUAACCCUCUAUUUAUGGAGUUUACUUCUUGCUUGGACGGCAGCACACAGUUUGCAAGACCGCGGCUAUAGCGACAAAUUCGACAACGUUUAUUAUGUCACACAGGGCGAAUGGGCAUGCAGCAAGCUCAAGUUGGAACGUAUCCAAUUUGGGAUCAAAGAGGCACAUAGACUUGCUGAAAAGUCUAUUAAUGUACUAAAAACUAGAGGUUCGGAAACAUCACCUGCAUAUAGCCUGUGGUUUGGAAAGAGUAAUGCUACCCCUCGAAUGGUAGACAUCCUUCUUAGGCAACACUACCGAACCGCCUUGUCACAUCUAUCUCCUUCGACGAAGCCGACACGGUUUUAUGUUGACAAAGUCCCUAAAUUCAGGGCGAUUAAAGACAACAAGAAGCCAACGGUCAACUCUAUUGUUUAUGCAUGUCCUCCUGAUAACGACUCAGCCAAGAUGUGUGGUCCAGAGAACCCAGCUACUGCUAUCUAUAAGCAAGGUGGCAAAUCUGCAACAAGAGGCCCAACUAUACUAGGCUUCUGCCCCACCUACUUUAAGCAUGGGGUCUUUGCUAAAAACAUUAACAUGGUGGACAAUUAUCGGAGAGAUCGCAAGGUUGAUAAGCCAUCAAGAGGCUUCCUCAUAUCAAAGGCAACGUUUCCCGACCCUCCUGCCGAGGACGUAAAUAAGCCGGACCCCACCAGUUCUAAUAACAGCAAAUGCUAUUCCCCGGAAUGCUGUGCGAAACUCUCUGAUUCUGACAAGAUCCGAAAUGCUCAGAAUUAUGCACUCUUUGCCCUUCAUGUUGCUGCAUUCCCAAUAACUGGGAAACCAAUCACGUGA